GCCAGAAGCAAAGAAUACAGGAAAUACAUCUAUAUUCCUAGUUUUAACAUUAAAUGUGAUGCUAAAGGUUAUCUUGUCUCAGCUAAUCCUCGAGAUCCUAACUAUCAUAAUCAAGAAAAUCCAACUAAAAAUCUAGAAAAAGUUACCGAUGCUGAACGCAAUCCUUAUAGCUAUACAAAAAUCCCUCAAGCACCUUGGGGAACCUGUUGGCUUUAUCAAACUUCUCCUGUUGGAUAUGAACAGGCUAAUAUUUAUACAGAGGACCUAACAUUUAAUGAGUUUCAAUCCAAACCAAUCAAUAGUAAUACUUGUUUGAAUAUUCAUAAUUUUAGAACUAGUCGAUUAUCUUCUUGUACACGACGUGCUCAACAAGAAAUGACAAAAACGGAUGUGCCAUUUAUUUUUACUAAUGUUAACAUGAAAGUUUGUUGUGACCGUCAAUUUGAGAGCAGUCAGCCAGAUCCUUCUAAAUUAUCUAAAGCUGGUCACAGAAAAAUUGCUCAUUCUGGUAAAUCAUUAACAUAUAAUAAAAAAGUUGAAAAGGUGAUUCCGGCAUAA